AUUGUGAAGUUUCAUAACAAGAGUGAAAAAGAAACAUAAGCAAUGUACUCCACUCUUGGUCUCUAGCCCUAACCCUCGAUUACAUUUUACAUCUCUCUCUAUUCUCUACAUUCAUCUUUUCCAGCUUACCUUUUCCAAGUUUUAGGAGAAGACAAAGAAGAGCGAGAGAAACUAUCUAAAUAUUGCGCGCAAAAUUGCAUAUUUCGACGAGACCUAAAAUUGUUUCUUUCAACAAUUUGAUGGUUGGUUCAGACUAAUUUUACUGAAUUGGUGCCAAUUUUAGGGUAUGGAUUCAGGAGGUAAUUCGCUUCCGUCUGGACCAGACGGAGUGAAACGCAAAGUUUCGUAUUUUUAUGAUCCAGAAGUUGGAAAUUAUUACUAUGGACAAGGUCAUCCGAUGAAGCCGCAUCGGAUUCGUAUGACACAUGCUCUUUUAGCUCACUAUGGUUUACUUCAACAUAUGCAAGUGCUUAAGCCGGUUCCGGCGAGAGAUAGGGAUCUUUGUAGGUUUCAUGCUGAUGAUUAUGUGUCUUUCCUUAGGGGUAUUACCCCGGAAACACAGCAGGAUCAGUUGAGGCAGUUGAAGAGGUUUAAUGUUGGUGAAGAUUGUCCUGUAUUUGAUGGUUUGUACUCGUUUUGUCAGACGUAUGCUGGAGGUUCGGUUGGAGGUGCUGUGAAAUUGAACCAUGGACUUUGUGAUAUUGCAAUUAAUUGGGCAGGUGGCUUGCACCAUGCAAAGAAGUGCGAGGCGUCUGGUUUUUGCUAUGUGAAUGAUAUUGUAUUGGCAAUUUUGGAACUUCUUAAAGUGCAUGAGCGUGUUUUGUAUGUGGACAUUGAUAUCCACCAUGGUGAUGGUGUAGAAGAGGCCUUUUAUACUACAGACAGGGUCAUGACAGUGUCUUUUCACAAAUUUGGCGAUUAUUUUCCUGGUACAGGAGAUAUUCGUGAUACUGGAUAUGGAAAGGGGAAGUAUUAUUCUCUCAAUGUUCCCCUAGAUGAUGGCAUUGAUGAUGAGAGCUACCAAUCAUUAUUUAGGCCCAUUAUGGGAAAAGUAAUGGAGGUUUUCAACCCUGGGGCUGUUGUCCUGCAAUGUGGUGCUGAUUCCUUGUCUGGUGAUAGAUUGGGCUGUUUUAACCUCUCAAUCAGAGGUCAUGCUGAGUGCGUCAAAUACAUGAGAUCCUUUAAUGUCCCAUUACUGUUGGUGGGUGGAGGUGGCUAUACCAUACGAAAUGUAGCUCGUUGCUGGUGUUAUGAGACUGGGGUUGCCCUUGGGAUUGAGCUUGAUGAUAAAAUGCCACAACAUGAGUAUUAUGAGUAUUUUGGUCCUGAUUAUACUCUCCAUGUUGCUCCAAGUAACAUGGAAAAUAAAAACUCACGGCCCAUGUUGGAGGAUAUUAGAGCAAAGCUUCUUGAGAAUCUGUCAACUCUACAACAUGCACCAAGUGUUCCAUUUCAGGAGCGUCCUCCAGACACUGAGCUCCCAGAGGAUGACGAAGAUCAGCAAGAUCCAGAUGAAAGAUGGGAUCCAGAUUCUGAUAUGGAGAUUGAAGAUCGUCCUUUAUCUGUUCGAAACAGAGUGAAGAGAGAGGCUGUGGAGCCUGAUGCUAAAGAUUCGGAGGAUGUCAAAGAACUUGUAGAUCAUGCGAGAGACAUGACUCUCUCUUAUGGUACAGGGAACACAUCUUUAAAGGCUUCAAACUUGGGCUCAGAGCAACCGGAAGCUUGUGUGAAAACAGAGCCGGACAGCUCAAACAAGGCCCCUGAUCACCCAGCUGAUACAAGUUUAUGAGGAUUGAGGAAGUCUGACCCAUUUUAACUAACCACCACGGUGUAGAUUAUUCAGAUUUGUUAUUUCCUCCGCAUUAUGUAAAUCUUCGGGUCUUGCUGAUCACAUUGCAGGUGUAGUAUAUUAUUAGGGAGGUUGCAAUUUUUUUGUAGCGAGUAAAACAUGGUCGUGGGAAAACACCUCAGGCAAUUGUAAGAAAAACAUCGUGCGGCCCUCGUAGGCAUCUAAAUCAUGGUAAAAUUCCGAUGAACUUAUGAAUGAUAGCUGCUAUGCUUUUGGUUUAUCGCUUUGUUGUUUAGCUGUUCUAAAUUAAGUGAUUUACUGUCACUAAUGUGCAAAUGUAAGAAUAUUAUCUUUACCAAACGUGGUUAAAGGUGGUAAUAUUUACUUUUAUGCGUUUGACAGUGAAGGUUGGAACUUAUAAUUUCCAAUUUAUUAAAUGUUUAUCUUGUCAA